CUCGAAGUUCAUCUCAUCGUUUGUUUGUUGAUAAAAAGUGCGCUCGUUUGAAGGCGGCCAACAUUUGACUCGCGAAUCUCGAACAGGACGGUUGUGUGGCUAGAAGAUCUUCAAAAUUGCUAGUGUUUGUUUGCUCAAUUGUCCAGUGCUCUUAGUUCCUGUUAGUGACACUUAUAUCCUGUUUCGGAUAGCUAUCUGGAACUCUGAUGUGUAAUUUAAAGUUCGGCGAAAAUAGAAGAGGCUACGUCAAGCGCAUCCGAUUUCGGUUAAGGAUAUGUGCAUGAAGAAUUGCAGAAGACACUCAACAUAAAUAUGAAAUAAAAAGCUUGCAAUUUCUAAAAGCUUUAAGUGACACAAACAAAAUAGGCUGUGGAUAAUUAUUUAUUUAUUUAUUCUAAUUUAUACAACAUAACUAAUAGGAGCAUCUGUCUGAUUUGGAUAUGAAGUUGCAGCUGAUAACUAUGGAUAAGAGUCGACUUUCAACUUGUUUUUAUUUGUGCCUCGCCAUGCUGCUCAAUUCGUCACAAGGGCACCCAACUCCGUCACAACAGCUAAAGGUCAACGGCAACAAUAUGCUACCACAGGUCAAAAAGGAUGUCUUCAUGUCUCGAGGAUGGGGCGCCUCCGGAAUGCCCUUCACCAUGUUUUACCUCAAUCACUACACGAAGGCACAGAAGGCGUACGCGCAGAAUCAGCAACAACAGCUGCAGAAACUUCGUCAGCAAGAGGAUGACGAGAACAAAUUGCGGCCCGGGGAGGAUCAAAUCUCUCUCGAUCAACCAAGAAUACUGCCGCAUGGAACACGCUAUGCGGAUCCGCUAGCCAAUGCACACCACAGUGAAUAUGGUCGGAAUGGCCCCAAAGAUGACGAAUACACUGACAGCAGUGCCUAUUUGCCAGCGAAAUCCAGUUCGCCUCGAAGGCACUACAAUGUCCCUCAACUGUUCGUAUCCUAUGGCUGGGGACCGAUGGGUUAGACAUGCGGUUCAACCAACGCACGCCGAACGUCAUCACCUUAUGAUUACUCUGUGUAAUACUAUGUAGAUUAUCUUUAUGUGCACAAAUAUGUAAUUGCUUCUCAUGUUGUACUCGUGUGCGCUGUUCAAAGUACUUGUUACUGUCUGGUAAAUGUGCAUGGAAGAACAACAAUAAACAAAG